AUGUCUUGCAUUGUUUUCUUCUACGAUUUCAUUCUUUAUUUUUCAUCUUCCGCCAUAUUUCCUUCUCUUGAUUAUCCUCUGUUUGAUUUUUUUCUUUUCUCGUUCAUUCCUAAUUUUAACUUAUAUUUCCUUUCCCGACUUAUUCCCUUGUAUUUUCUUCCUGUCGAAAGCCGUUCAGUCAAAGAUCCGCUUCGAAAUCUCAGCAAAUCCUUUCACUUCUCCAACUGGCCGCAAGCUUCUCAAUAUCCUUCAACAAGAUUUUUUAUUUCUUUUCCUUAUUUUGAAGCAUUAACAUUAUCUAUCUAUCUAUCUAUCUAUCUAUCUAUCUAUCUAUCUAUCUAUCUAUCUAUCUAUCUAUGUCUGUUCAUAUCUAUGUCAAUCUGUUCAUAUCUAUCUAUCUAUCUAUCUAUCUAUCUAUCUAUCUAUCUAUCUAUCUAUCUAUCUAUCUAUCUCGAUCUGUUCAUAUCUAUCUCAGUCUGUUCAUAUGUAUCUCAGUCUGUUCAUAUCUAUCUAUCUAUCUAUCUAUCUAUCUAUCUAUCUAUCUAUCUAUCUAUCUAUCUAUCUAUCUAUCUAUCUGUGUGUGUUGUUGGUUUUCUGUAUAUUCUAUCUCUCCCUCUUUCUUUCUCUGCCUUUCCUCCAAUAUCCCUUGUGUUUAUUAAGCAGCAGAGUACCAGUUUGCGGGUAUGCUCGUCACCGUGCUUGAUACAAUGUGCUGCUAGACGCAUCCUUCUUUGCUGCACCUUUGGGCUUACAUUUGAUAGUCAGUUAAAAUCUAUCUAUCGAUCUAUCUAUCUAUCAAUCAAUCUCAGUCUGUUCAUCUAUCCUGUAUCAAUCUAUCUAUCUCAGUCUGUUCAUAUAUCUAUAUCUAUAUAUCUAUCUCAAAGGCCGGAGAUUAGUCUGUUUAUCUAUCUAUCUAUCUAUCUAUCUAUCUAUCUAUCUAUCUUUUUUAAUCGAUUUCACCCCAAGCAAGGGAUGAGUCAAGGAUCUAUCUAUCUAUCUAUCUAUCUAUCUAUCUAUCUAUCUAUCUAUCAGUUCUUAAAUAUUAUAAUCGAUUUCCUUUGUCUUGAUUAUAUGAAUCCAUUUCUAACGACAAUAUCUAUCUAUCUAUCUAUCUAUCUAUCUAUCUAUCUAUCAGUUCUUAAAUAUUAUAAUCGAUUUCCUUUGUCUUGA